GACACCCCGAUAUCUUCGCAAGCAAGUUCUAGUACUGUUACGCAAAUUUUCUUAGUUCAGAGAGAGUUGUCUGAAGUAGUAGUACAAUCACCUUUGAAGGAAAAUAUGGCAUCCCGUGAAACCAAGGGCCAAGCUGAGGAGAAAGCCAACCAGACGAUGGGUGCUACGAGGGAGAAGGCCGAAGCGGUAAAGGACAAGACCCAAGAAACGGCUGAAGGUGCCAAAGGCAUUACCUCAAGAGCAGCCCAGUCUGUGAAAGAGUCCAAGGACCAAACCGGAAGCUACCUCUCUGAGAAGACCGGGGCCGCAAAGGAAAAGGCCUCCGAAGCUGCGGAGUCAGCCAAGCCGAAGGAUCAGGCCGGAAAGGAAAAGAGCGCUGGAAUACUCCAACAGACCGGGGAGCGUGUGAAGAACAUGGCCCAAAGUGCGACCGAUGCGGUGAAGAACACCGUUGGCAUGGGCAAAGAUGGCGAAUGAUGCUGAGGAUGAUAAUAGCCCUCAUAAUAAGGAGGGAAACUAUAAAUAAUAAGGACGAUAUUUUGAAUUUGGGAAUGGAAGUCUGCUGCCUGUCUGUUUUAUUCUGUAAUCUCUCUUAGUUUAGUUGUUGGGCAUGUUUGGUCGAAGUCCUUCGCUUUUUCUCCGUUCGGUGAAAGGGAGAUGUAAUUUCAACUUAACAAGAAUUAAUAACAUGUAAUCGUAUUGGCUUCA